CUUCUCACAUAAUACCUUCAGUAUUAAGGAUUCGAGACCCCUCACUACAGUCUACAUGUAAGCAUCAACAAUCUCGCUUCCAUCACGUCCUACUACCCGUCACAAUUUUAUUCUCUGCCUGUGAUUGAGCCAUGGCAACGAAUAGUCCCCAAAUCUGCCUUGUCGGCGCGAAUGGCAACCUAGGGUCCGUCCUGCUGCCCGCUCUCCUGGACGCCGGUUUCCCAGUCACGGUGCUGCAUCGCUCCAACUCUACCAACCCGGCGCCCCUGAAGCACGAGAACCUCUCCUUGCUGCCCGUCGACAAGGAUUUCCCCAUCCCAGAGGUCACCAAGGCCUUGAAACCGUUCAAGGUCGUCAUCGCUGCAUUCCCACUGCCGAACCAGUUGCAGCUCCAUCUGCGUCUGGCCUACGCUUCCGCGAGCGCUGGCGUGGAGCGAUUCAUCCCCGCCGACUUUGGGUCGUGCGACGCUGCCAGUCCGGAGGCACUGAAGAGACUGCAGCUGUACAGGGACAAGGUCAAGGUCCGUGAGCGAUGUGAGGAGCUCGCGCGGGAAUUCAAGACCUUCUCGUGGACCGCCCUUGUCUGUGGUCACUUCUUCGACUGGGGUCUCCGAGCUGGCUUCCUGCACUUUGACAUCAAGAAGCAGGAGUCGCUGAUCCUCGACGGAGGGGACAUUCCAGCCUCAGCUUCGACGCUGAGACGCGUGGGCGAGGCCACUGUGGCGGUUCUCAACAGGCUGGAAGAGACGAAGAACAAGACGCUCUACGUCCAAUCCUUCAACCCGUCGCAGAACCAGGUUCUAGCCUCGCUGGAGAAAGCCACAGGCGCCAAGUGGAAGGUGAACCAGGCCGAUAGUCAAACGUUCUUGGAAGAGCAGCAGAAGAAGGUGGAUGCCGGUGAUCGACAUGCUGUAGAAGAUGUCGUGUUUGCAUUGGGGGCUAUCGAUGCAGACUGGACCAAGAAAGACGCCUUUGCUAUGGAGCUACUCGGCUUGAAGGACGAAGACUUGGAUCAAGUUGUGAAGGAGGUUGUCGAUGGCUUUGCCGGGUGAGUAAGCAGCUUCAAUACACAUUGGGCUUUGACGUCUUCCAGCACAGCUUGGCUUGGGCAUUUUCUCGCUCUCCUCCACAGAAUCUUCACAGUAGCCACGCGACAUCCUCUAUUCAAUUGUGCAAUGCAAACAUGACGGUCCGCAGCUCUUCGAAAAUGAGGCGAUGCGCUUUCCCAGACGCAUGGGCACAAAGAACCGAGGCUUUGUUGCUUCACGCAAGAAGCAAGCAAGCAAG